AUGGAGUCCAAAUAUAUUUUCGAGAAGUCGUCGGUCGGGACAAGCGUCGGCGUGGCGGAUUUCAACUACCGGACAGGCCGCUCGGUGCUCUUCGACAGCCGGGUCCCUGUUGUGGUGGAGAAAAACGGCUCCGUGUUGCCGGCGUACACGCAGGGGCCCGUUUUUUACAAAUUCGUAAUGGACGGCGGCUCGACGGCGGAGGUUAAAAGCGAGCGAACUUCGUCCAGCAGCAAGGGUCGAAUAUUGCCGGACUUGGAGAAAGCUGGCCUCGGGGACCAAAAAGACACUGGUUCCUCUGGGAUUCUAAAGAGGACCAGUCCUACUCCGUGUCCUGGUGUAACCAGGUCGUUGCCAGGCAGCUUCUUGAAUUUGGACAUCAGAAACCCAGGGAAACAGGCAGAGCUGGCCAGCAGCUUCAGGGCAGCACAAGGACAGAAUGUACCACAGGCAGAGAGACAACCCCUCUCCUCCCACAUCCCUGUCCCCAGAAACAGGCCAUGCAGAUAAGGAAGUGAUGGCUGCCACUGUCUUGACCUCACUGUCCACAUCCCCUUUGGUGCUUCACCCUUCCUCAGCACCCCCAGUUCCAGAGCCAGCCAGCAAGACCUGGAAAGAGGUGCUUUCUGCAAGUUACAGCAGUUCGACAAGUGGCAACUGGAGCUGGGAUGCCAGUGACCAAUCAGUGCCCUCCACACCAUCCCCACCCCUUUCCAACGAUGCCAACAAGAACUUCCUGCUCCCGUCCCAGGGUGACGAUGCCAGCGAGGAUGUCACAGAAAGCACACACUUCAUGUUUGAGGACCCCAUACCCCGAAAGCGAAAGAACUCCAUGAAGGUGAUGUUUAAGUGCUUGUGGAAGAACUGUGACAAGGUCCUCAGCACCUCCUCAGGGAUCCAGCGACAUAUCCGCACCGUCCAUCUGGGACGAAACAGUGACUCAGAUUACAGCGACGGGGAGGAGGAUUUUUACUACUCAGAGAUUGAAGUCAACAUGGACAGUCUAACAGAGGGCUUGUCCAGCCUCACACCUACCUCCCCCACCACGGCCGGUCCUCCGCCCAUCUUUCCCCCACCGCUGAGCGACGUCUCCCACUCUGAGCUCAUCAGCGUGAACGGUUUGCAGAGCCACACCUCGUCACUGCUCAGCCAAUCAGCGCCCUCCACACUCUGCCACAUUCGCACUGACCACGCCUAUCAGGGUCCUGUGAAUCAUGUCCGCACCAUUAGCAUGGGUGAAAAACGUCAGCCAGCAGCCAGCACACACAUCACUGUUAACAAGAACCACGCUGUAAUAACGCCGGCAGCUAAAUCCACACCAGGAACCAGGAAACCCCGUGGGGAGGCUAAGAAGUGCCGAAAGGUGUACGGCAUGGAGAAGAGGGACAUGUGGUGCACAGCCUGUCGCUGGAAAAAAGCCUGUCAGAGAUUCACCGACUAAUCCAGUCUGUCUUUGAGGCGAGCUCCUUGUCGCUCGGCGCCACGGCGAGGCACACUCUUCCACCAAGGAGGCGAGGGCAAAGUUCUCAGUUCUGCUUCUU